GCGAUGUUCGUUCGUUGUUCGCAACACUCUGGUCGGUGUUCUUGGUUCGCGUGAGGCGACGGCGACAUCCGUCGGAAACCCGUUCGCUUCAUAGCUUAACCAUCUCACCUGGUCCAUGAUUGGUUACUGAAUAGACGAAUCACACUGAUUUCCGCGGCUUCAGUCAUCUCACCGAGAGAUCUUGAUCGCCAACAUGCGGAUCAUAGAUGGAUACCUCUCGAUUGGACGGCGCUCCAUGUCUUCGCUGCGACCGCUCGUGAUAUGCGGUCCGUCCGGAAGCGGAAAGUCGACGUUACUCAAACGGCUUUUGAAAGCGAACGAAUGUUUUUCGCUCAGCGUUUCUCACACAACCCGUAAACCUCGCCUGAAUGAGGUCAAUGGCGUGGACUAUCACUUCGUCAGCAGAGAAGAGAUGGAGAAAGCGAUCGAAAACGGAGACUUCAUUGAACACACGCAGUUCUCCGGGAACAUGUAUGGCACGAGCAAGAGUGCGGUGCGCGCCGUCAUGGAGAAAGGGAGAAUCUGUAUUCUUGAUAUCGAGAUCGAAGGCGUCAAAAAUAUCAAGAACACCGAUCUGGACCCCCUCUACGUGUUCGUCAAGCCGCCGUCGCUGCAGGAACUCGAGAGACGACUCCGAAACCGACAGACAGAAACCGAGGAGUCACUCAGUUCACGUUUGAAGCGAGCCGUGGAUGAGAUGGCCUACGGCGACGAGGCGGGGAACUUCGAUCUCGUCAUCGUCAACGAUGACCGCGAUGACGCGUACGCGUCGUUAGAGAGCUUUCUCCAGAAGGAGAUCGAAGACCUCUCCGGGAAGACUGCUGAAUUCUAGUUCUUCGAUCCACUCAAUAGAACACGUCGAGUAUUUGUGCCGUGUCCCCCGGCACAGCACGGACUGUACAUACCCUGGGAUCAUGAUUAGGCGACUAGCGAUUACUAUCGCCAUUCGCCUAAUAAAUUAUAAUUUAUUCAAUGAUAUUUCCGUGCUUUCGGUGAUCGGUUCCUUCGAGUUACACUCUCAUACCGUCGAAUCGGGGCGGCUGUGGAUAAGACUCCGAAUUCGAUGAUUUCCUCCCUCAGAUGUUGCAACCUCAGCCGCUCUCGGUUUGAGCUAAGUGAGUCCUCCAGGAACGACGCGUGAUGUGUUAGGAAAAAUCGGAUACUUGAUCUCUUCCUUAGUCCAUUGUAGGGAAAAAUCAUUACCGAAGGCUCUGAUCUUCUCCUCGAGAAUUCGAAGGACCUCCCUCUUUGUGGGCACAUCUCCGACCUUCUAUGUGGGUCAAUAGGUUUCAAUUUGAGGGUUCAAUGAGCCACCCGGCGGAGAAGAUACACGGCUGCUCCUCGAGCUAAAAAAUUCAUUUCUGCCGAAUCGCCUCGGAUAGGGAGGUGGUAGCGGAACUGCGAUAACACCGGAUGAACACUCACGAGCAAAUGUUAUCGGAGGAAUAUGUACCUUUUACUGUUAAGCGUCGUCUCUCUAGCAUUCGGGUUAAGCAAAGUGUACAGAUUUCGGAUAUGGAUUGACUCUCGGAGAGAUCCGAAUCUAGGGUGAGCAAAUGAGAAAACAUUGGAAAACUGGGGAAGAACAUCCUCAAAUCAGAAUGAUAUCAAGAAUGCCCUCAACUUACGACACUAAACUCACAUAAAUGAAACGGUAAUAAAAAUUCUGAGAUUGGAUACUGUUAGAA